AUGAAUCAGGAUGACUCAGAAGACCAUCAGGACUUUCGGAGCCUCCAAGCAAAGUUCCAGGCUUCCCAGUCAGAGUCCUGUGAACACCCCAGGAAACCCCCAAAGCCUGACUUCAACAAACUGCCAAAGACAUUUCCACAACCUGAGUCAGGAGAACAUCCUAGGAAGCCUCUGCAGCCUGAGUUCAGCACAGGCACCAAGAAGUCCCCGCAGCCAGAGUUCAGUGCAGGCCCGAAGAAGUUCCCACCACUUGAGGCCUGUCCACUUCCCAAAAAGCUCCCAAAGCCUGAGUUCAGUGAGGCCCUCCGGAAGCCCCCGCAGCUGGAGCCCAGCCCCAUCAGGCCACCUUCAGAACCCAAGUUCAGUGGUUUCCCGAGGAAGCACUGGCCCCCCGAGACCAGCGAGACCAUCCUGAAACCCCCACAGCCUGAGUUCACCGAUGACACCCUGAAGCCCUCACAGCCUGAGUUCAAUGCAGGCACAAAGAAGCCCCCACAACCCGAGUUUACUAGUCACCCCUUGAAACCCCCAAAGCCCUCGCAGCUCGAGUUCAGCAGUCACCUCCAAAAGACCGUGAAGCCUGAGUUCACAGAUGACCUCGUGAAGCCCCCGAAGGCCAAGUUCAUGGAUGACCUCAUGAAGCCCUUGCAGCCUGAGUUCACUGAUCACUCCCGCAUGCCCUCACAGCACAAGUUCAGUGCAGGCCCUAAGAAGUCCCCAAAGCCUGAGUUUACGGAUGACUCUGUGAAGCCUCAACAGCCUGAGUUCACCAAUCACCCCCUUAAGUCUCCACAGCCUGAGUUCACUGAACACUCCCGAAAGCUUUCACAGCCCAAAUUCAGUGCAGGCCCUAAGAAGUCCCCAAAGCCAGAGUUCACUGAUGACCUCAUGAAGGCCCUGCAGCCCGAGUUCACUGAUUACCCCCGAAAGCCCCUGCAGCCUGAGUUCACCAGUCACCCACUGAAGCCCCUGCAGUCUGAGUUCACUGAUCAGCCCCAGACACCCUCACAGCUUGAGUUAAGCGCAGACCCCCCGAAGCCCCCACCAUCCGAUUUCACCAGUUAUCCCCCAAAGCCCCGGCAGUCCGAGUUCCCUGAUUACCUCCCAAAACCCCCACAGUCUGAGUUAAGCACAGGCCCUCAGAAGCCCCCGAACACCCGGAAGCCUUCACAGCCAGAGUUCAGUGCAGGUCCUAAUAAGUCCCCACAGCCUGAGUUCACCAGUCACCCACUAAAACUCCCAAAGGCCAAGUUCACGGAUCACCCAUGGAAUCCCUCACAGCCCGAGUUUGGCGCAGGUCCCCAGAAGCCCCUGCAGCCCAAGUUCACUGAUCACCUCCAAAAGGCCCCACAGCCUGAGUUCAGCAUAGGCCCCCAGAAGCCCCUGCAGCAAGAGUUCACAGAUCAACCCCGGAAGCCCCAGCAUCCCGAAUUCAUGGAUCACCUCCACAAGACCUCGCAGCCCGAAUUCAGUGAGCCCCUGCAGACACCACCUUGGAGGCCAGAGCCCAGCGAGCCCCAGCCUCACUCCUGGAAGCCUGAGUCGGGUGCAUUUCCCAGGAGGAGCCCACAAUCACAGCCAGCCAACCACCCAGGGAAGCUCCAUCAGCCUGAGUUCGGUGAUCUCAUCCGAACAGCCUCGGAGCCCGAAUUCCCUGUGUUUCCCAAGAAGCCACAGCAGCUCGAGUUCCAGGCGCUGCUCAAGGCGCCGCAAGUAGAGUCAGGCUCCCUGCCCAGGACGACCUCGGAGCCCGAGUUUCGCUCACUGCCCCGCAAGUUCCCAUCAGACGCCUGUGGACCAGCUCGGAAGUUCUCCCAGCCCGAGGUCGGUGCCCUGCCUGGGAAGCCGACCUCUGGCGAGUUCAUCCGGGGCCUCCCCCGAAAGCCCCCACUCCCCAGUUCUGUCUCAGAGAGCUCACUGCCCACUGCUACGAGGGGCACUGGGUCCCGAUUCCCGCCCAGCCCUGGAUUCAGAACCCACCUGGGGAGGCAGCAGCCGCAGAAGGGGUCCCUCACUCACAGGAGCAGCCUGAGGUUGGGCCACCCACCCCGGCACAGGCCUCUGCCCUCUGCCAGCACCCUGGGACCCCCUCCUCCCAAGCCCCCGCUGCCCCCAGGCCCCCUGGACAUCCAGAGCUUUCGAAGACCCUCGGCGGCCUCAGGCCUGCACAGGAGCCGCUCCGCUGCCGCCAUCCACAUCCAGGCCCGACGGCCAGCAGGCAACCCCGAAGACUCAGAUGAGAUCUACGAGGUCUACGAUGAUGUGGAGCAGGAGAACUCCAGCCCUGGACCCAGGAGCAGAGGUGAAGUGCCAACUCCACAGCAGCCCCCGCAGCGGCCUCCAGUGGAUCCCAAGCUCAGCAAGGAAAAAGCUCCACCAAAACUGCAGUUGCCAACCUUGGACCCAAAGAUACUGAAGCAGAUGCGGAAGGCAGAGAAAGCGGAAAGAGAGUUCCGGAAAAAGUUUAAGUUUGAGGGGGAGAUUGUGAUUCAGACAAGGAUGAUGAUUGACCCUGCUGCCAAAACACGUCGAGGAGGUGGCAAGCACCUGGGAAUCCGGCGUGGGGAGAUCCUGGAGGUGAUUGAGUUCACCAACAAGGACGAGAUGCUGUGCCGGGACGCUAAAGGCAAAUAUGGCUACGUGCCCAGGAUAGCUCUGCUCCCCCUGGAAACGGAGGUGUAUGACGACGUCGGUUUCUGGGAUCCCCUGGAGAGCCAGCCACUGCCUCGGGGGCAAUGA